UAAUAUGAGUUUGUUUAGAUUUUAAGAGUGGAGGAGGAGGACAGUGGUGGUGAUGGCCGUGGUGGGGGAUGGUCGCCCUCGCUCGCUGGUCAUGGAGGCUCCUGGAGCCCCGGGGCUACCUCACCAGUUGGGUGGAGAGGAAAACAAUCCCAUUCACCCUGAUGCAGCUGUCCAGUCACCUGGAGACAAAUUGCAAGACAAAAUUGAUGCUAAACAGCAAACAAUUGAAGCUCUUCAGCACGAAAACUACAAACUGCGUUUGCAGAGUACUGUUUCAUCGUCCGAGAAAAAGGAAAUCAUUGAGCAGUACAAUGCAAAGAUUCAAGAAUUCCAGUCUGCUCUUAAUCAGCGUGAUCAGAUGAUAGGCAAGCUACAAACAAGACUAGCCGAAUGUAUACAGAAUCAAGAUGACAAAGAGGCAGAGUACCUUGAGCAAGUUGAAACACACAGAAGACAGGUGGAAAACUUAAAUUUGCAGCUUAAGAAAACAACAGAUAGUCUUCUGAAUAAGGAUUGGUCAUCUGAACAUCUGCAACUACAAAAUAAGAUUCAGAUUCUCAUGAAGCAGCUUCAAGAAGUAACAACAGAGCUGGCACGAAAUAAUGAAAAACAUCAGAUAGAACUAACUACUGUUCAGCAGCAAUUUGAGCAGCAACUGACGAUUGUGAAGCAGCAGAUAAGUGAGCGGCACAAUGAAGAGUUGUCGAGAAUAAAAUCUUCACAUGAUUAUGAACUUUCUCAAGUAACCCAGCAAAUUGAUGCCUUGGAGAAAGCACAGAAAGAAGAUCAUACAAGUCUUAUAGAAAAUUUGAAUUCCCUUUCUAAUCUAAAUAUCAGCCUUAAAGAACAGCUGGAAGGAGAGAAAGUUAAGCUCAAGACUCUUGAAUGUUCUUUGCUUGAACUGAGGAAUGAGAAGGAACUACUGAAAGUAGAAGUAGAGCAUAGUAAGGAGAGAGAAAAAGAUUUACAUCUCAGAGUAAAGCAGGAAUGUGACACGAGAAAUGUGAUUCAGCAGACAUUUGAAGAACUGAAGACAAAAUAUGGUGAAUUACAAAAUGUUUUAGACAUUUCAAAGGAAGAGGCUAUGACAUUGAAUGCAAAUUUGAAAGUUGAGGUUGAAAAAAGAAAUAAUGUUGAGAAGCAGCUUGCUGUGGAAUUGCAAAAUGUGAAGAACCUAUCAGAAGAGAAGCUGAACUUGGAGAACAAAUUGGAAAAUAUAAAUUCUCAGAUGAAUGUCAUGUCAAAGGAAUUAUUGCAAAGCAAAGCUUCCAAGGAGAAUUUAAAUGCUGAUUAUCAAAAAACUUUAAAGAUAUAUAAUGAGAUUCUUUGUGAACAUGAUGAAUGUAAAAGGUUAGUUGUUGAGCAUGAGGUUAUUUGUAAAGAUUUGCAGGAAGAAAAGCAACUUUGGGUUGCAGAAAAAAGCAUCCUUGCAGAUGAAUUAAGACAAUGUACUGAAAUGUUGAAAAUUGAAGAAAGUAAAGUUGAAAAUGAAAUUAAAAGUAAAAUUGAACUUGAAAAAGAAAUUUCUAUUCUUAAAGGUGACAAUGAAAAGUUGACCAAGAGAUGUGAUGAACUUGCUCAGCAUGAACAAGAUAAUAAAAUUCUAACAGAAAAAUUACUGCAGAUGCAUUCAGAUCUUAAAGAAGCUGAAAAUAAAAGUGUAAAUGCUGAUGCACUUAGGGAGAAAUAUUUAGCAUUGGUUGAACGGUGGCAGUCGGUAGAAUCUAAUAAUGAAAAAAUAGAAGAGCAAUGUAAAGAAAAGUGUGAGUGUUUGAACAAGACUUUGCAAAGUUUAGAUUCAAAACUAGAAGCAGCAAGUGGUAUAACUGUUAGAUUCCAAGAAAUUGGUUAUAAUAAAUCUGUGGUGGAAAAACUAAAGGAAGCAGAGAAUAAUAUUAGUUUUCUUGAAGAAGCUCUGAAGAAUACCAGUCUUGAAAAGGAAGCUCUAGUAUCUGAUUUGAUGCAAACUAGAAUAGCACGGGACAGCAUGGAAAGGGAGAAAAAUGAAUGCGAGACAGAUCGUGACAGAAUGUUGGAACAAUACAAGAUGAUGAAAGCAGAAUUGGCAAGUGCCCAGCUUGCUCUUGAUAGGGAAUUCCAGUUAUCCACACAUCGAAGGUUAACCAGUGAUAUUGGCCUUUCUGUCUCGACUUCAUCAAUUUUGGAACCAAAUGCCAUUGAAGGGGAGUCCAAUACAGAUAGUGGUAAUAAUCUUGAAGGACAUGCUCGAAAAGAAAUGUCAGUAGAUGUAAAAGAAUUUAAUAUUUCUACUAUAAUUAGGUUAAAACCAUCAGAAAAGAUAGAAAAUUCAAGCAAAUUUUGGGAAGAUAAAAUCCAUAAUCUUGAGAAAGAAAACAAGGAACUGCUGAAUGAAAUAGAACAACUAAAAACAAAGAUUCAUGACCAGCAUUUUAGUGUCAAAUCUCUUGAGAAUGAGAAGCUCAAAUUAAGGAGUAGACUUAAUGAAUUAGAAUCUGAAAAAGUGAAAUUUAGGGCAGAGCAGGAAGAUUACCAGAGAAAUAUUAGUGAGAAGAUGAACCUUCAAAGACAGCUGGAUGAACUAAAGUUAACUGUUCAUUUAACAGAGGAUAAUUUAAAGAAGCAAGAAGAAGAAAUGAAUCUACUUCAAAAAUCAUUGAAAGCUAUUAUAUUGAGAGGUAACUGUGAUUCUUCUGAAAAGUUGAAAGAUGUUGUUAAUAAUCUUGACAUAUUAAUCGUAAAGCCCAAAUCAAAUGAGAGCCAAAAUUGUUCAAGGUUUUUGAAGAGUUGUGUAUCAAGGCAGUCUGAAGAACUUCAGUGUAUGUGUGAAGAAUUAAAGAAGUACAUGUCUCAACUCCUAGAUGUUUUACAACAGUCAGAUAAGUUAAAUGAAGAAAAGAUGAUAAUUGAACUUGAAAACUUUGCUCUUAAGGCAGAAGUUAAGAAGCUUAAGUAUUUGAAAAGUGUUGAAAUUUGUAAAGAGGAUAUUGAUGAUAAAUUCGGUGAUAUUACGACAAGCACUGGUGAUAAGGAAGACUGGAAAGUAGAGAGAGAGCUCCAUAAGUAUAAGCACGAGAACUGGAAACUUCGUCUACAAGUAGAAAAACACAAAGUACUUUUUCGGUUGGAGAAGCUGCAUUUACAGUCAUCAUUGAUAAAUUCUCAAAAAGACAUUGAUUUACCUGUGGAUAUUAGAGAAAUGGUGACAACAUACGUUGGAAUGGAACUGGAGAAGCUUAUUGAGGAAUGGGAAGAUCAAAUUAAGAAUGAUCCUUCAUUGACAGACUUCAUAUCUGCACAGAUAUGCAAAGUUUGUGAUAUCAUAAGAAAAUUGCCGGGUACCUUAGUUGAGAGCUCGGAUGGUGGGGCUUAUGUGAAAGCAGCCAUGAAGCUUAUUCAACAAGCCGUCAUUAAGAAUGUAGGGGGACAGUACAUGGAGGUUGUCAAGAGUCUCCUAGUUAAAUUGGAUAAGGAUGUAACGAAAUCUCUACAAGUCACUUUACCAACUGUGCUUCUCGAUUUGCUCAAGAAUAUAUCCUUGUCGGAAGAUAGCCAUGAUCCUGUCCAUAGUGAAGAGCUAAAGAGUAUCACAGAUAAAGUGGAACAUCUUAUCAAUGCCAGAAACACACUCGUAGAAGCUGCAAAUGAAUUUGUGGAGCAGUUAGAAGCAGCUGUGGCCUUGCGAACAUCAUGUAUCAAGCAUGAGCUUGAUGAUCUGGUAAAGUUGACUGCAUUAAAAGUAGCAGCAAAAGAAAAUCCAGAGAGUUCGAAGGCUUCCACACCAGAGGAAUUAAAUCUCCAAGUGGAAGCUCAACAACAAUUUGUUCAAGAGUUUAUGGAAAUCACCACUAACGUCUACCAGGAGGCCCUGUCAGAAAAGCUUCAGAUUCUCAAAAGUCAGAAGAUGAUGGUCCACAAAAUUCUUGAAGAUAAUCAAAGGAAGUUACAUACUGUUUGUCAAGAGCAUUUGGAGAAUCUUAGGAGUGUAACCAAUCUCCCAGAUGCUCUAAAGUACAGCAAUAAUCUGGUGUCAUCUUUGGAAAAAACUUUAUCACAAGAAGUGUCGUGGGUUGAUCAGCAGUAUAUGGAGCUGCUGGAACAAUACAGUUAUGAACAGAACCGUCACAAGGAAUCACAAACCCUCACACUGCAGGAGCUCAAGACUAGGCUUGUUGGCUUGUUCAAAAGCACAGAUAUAGAGACUGAGCUGAAGGAGCUUAAGUGUCAACAUAAAUCUGAACUGAUGAAGCUUAGGGAGCAACAUGCUAUAGAAGUCCAUCGGCUAGAACGUCAAUUGGCCGCUCGAGAUCAGGUGACACUGAUGGCCUUAGAUGAUGAAGUGGAACAGCUUCGUGCUCAAAUUGAUCGUGACCUAGAUGUUAGGUCUUGCAUCUCUAAUGCAUUGUGCUCUGAGCUUGAGAACAUCAAAAUUCAAGUUACUCAGCUGGAAGAUGCAAAUGGCAACCUUAACAAGAUAAUAGAACCUGCCACUGAUGUUAACUCUGUCCUAUUCCAGCGGCACCUGCAGAGCCUCUACAGUGACAGGGACUGGUACAAAAAAACAGUGGGCCUUUUGUCACAUGUGACAUUGCAGCUGCUGCAUUACUACAGUGUUGCAGAAAGUUACACUACCAAGUCUCAAGAUCACAAAAUAAAUGUGGUAAAUAUUGAGGAUCAUGGUGACAUCCAGCAACCAGAGAUGUCAAGUGGCAAGAUUGUUGAUCUCUCCUUUUUGUCUGAUUGUAUGCCAGAUGACAAUGAUGCUAGUCGGCUGAAUAUGCUCCCAGAAGAUAGCGUUCUUCCAACAGGUCUUAUUAGCAAAACUGUUUAUGCUGAUCAAGGUGAAGAUACAGAACUAACUAGCAACUCAGGUUCAGUAUUUGAUAGUACUGCAAUGAGUGAAGGAAUGCUUGAUGAUGUGGACAAGGAUGAACAAGUUCGUUCUAUACUCACAAAGUCGUAUCCACAAUUGAUGUCUAUAUUGAAAGGCCGGUGGGACCGUGUAGUUGUGGAAAAUCUGGAGAAGGAGGUUCAGGAGUUAACAAUUUCACUGCAAGCAUCGGCAGGAAUGUUUAAAAUUUUCAUGCAUUCGGUAUCAUCUGGUAACCAAGAGCUUUCUUCUCAUACUAUUAGAGAAGAAACGGAAGAUGAGAAUGCAUCAAAAGAGACACUAAGUGAUCCAAGUCAGCAGAGUGAACAUCAUCUGUGUGAGGCCGGUCAUGCCACCAGUGAUACAUCAAGUAAACCUCCGGAGGAUGGGAGGGCACACACAAGUAUGUCUCAAGAGAAAAAUGAAUCAUUUUUAACUGGGACUUUUAAAGCUGUUUUAAGUGCUAAAAAGAAACUUAUGUCAGUUGAGAUGCGCAGUGAAGACAACCCAACUGUAAAAGAGGAUGCUGUAAGUCUGUCUACUCUCUCAUCUCCCUCUGAUGUGCUUAAUAAAUUAACAUUGCAAGAUCUUGAUGAUCUCUCUGAAAGCCUCAGUCAUCUUCUGAGCCAAGAUGAAUCCUUGAUGAAUUUUACUAAGCUUAAGCCUCAAGAACUUAGAGAUGGAGAUAAACUGAAAAAAGCCCUUAAACACCUAUGUCAGAAUGCCCAGGCAUCAGAGGGCCUUCGAGUGAAGCUUCAUCAUUUAGAGGGCUUACUGAAGGGCUUGGAGGAAGAAAAGAAAAUAAUAAAUGAUGAAAAUAGUCGUCUUAAUCACUACAGCAAGAAACUUGCCAUGGAACUCCAGGUUGCCAAGGACCAAAUAGAAGAAUUAGAGCUAGGGCAGCAGGGACAAGAGGGAGGAACUGCUUCAACUCAGUAUGCAGCAAGAAUGGAAGCUUCAAAGGACAUAAGAGAACGAGUACGUGCUGCUUUGUCCGUCAAAAAUAAGUCAUUAAUGGACCACAAUGAACUAGUCACUCGUGUUGGGGAUCUGGAAGGCAUUCUUGAAGUUGUAGUGCGAGAUAAUGACAUCAAAGUUGAAGCACUCAAUUUUGAAGUUGCAGAUUUGACUCAACAGCUGGAGGUGGCAGAUCGACAGCUUCGAUCAUCUCGCCAGUUCUUAGAGGAGCAUGCUAGCGAACGUGACCAAGAAAUGGAGGACCUAAUGCAUGCUAGGGACAAGCUAACUAAUCAGCUGCGUGAAAAGGACACCUUGUUAACACAGCAUGCAUCUUUAGAGAAAGAGGUGGAGAAUUUAGAGCGACAGUUGCGGGAAAAAUCCCAAGAACUUCAGGACGCUCUUGCCAGUAAAGAGGAAAUUCAAGUCGAACAUAAAGCUGCUGUUGAUAAGAUAUGGGACCUGAGAGAAAUUAUCCAGUCCCUUGAGGUUCAAGUUGAUGGGAAGUGUGUUGAGGUGAGUGAGCUGAAUGCUCGAAAUGAGAUGUUAUCGGCGGAAAUUGAACAGGCUCGGCAGCACUCCCAGGAUCUCACUGCUCAGCUUGAGGAGCAUCGAUGUGCAGCAAGUGAGCAAGGAGACGGACUCAGCAAAGGUCAGUCACUCUUGCAAAGUUCUCGUAUUACCGAGCCUGAAGAAGAUGAAGAAAAUAAUUCCCAACAAGCUAGUGCCUCCCUCUUUAUGGAAUUGAGAGACGAGUAUGGACAAGGCACUCACAAUGUGUCGGGUCAAAUGCUGCUUCAGAUAAUUGAGGAACGUUUAGAUCGAACCACUCGAGGGUUAGAAGCUCUUCAAAUGUCUGCAUCAUCUGCGUCUCAGUCUGCUGAAGAUCUUUCAGUACAAGAUAAUUUACAUAUACCUGCUUUAGAAGAACUAGAAGCUGAUGAUGAUGCCAUCUUACCAGCGUCUGUUGACCAACGGCUAGAAGACAAAUUACUUGCCCUUGAACGCACUAUGGAAGCUGCUGUAAAAUAUACUAGAGAUCUAGAAAUGACUGCAAAAAUUCUUAGGGUGGAAUAUGAGGAAGUAACUGCAGAGCGAGACAUGCUGCAAGAACAUUCCAAAGAGCAACUAGUACAGAUCUCUAGCCUUGAAGCUCGUUUAGACGAACUCCGUCGCUCAGACCAUCCUAUGAAUGCAGAACUUAAGCAGAGGCUUAAUGUUGUUCAAGAAGAUCUGGAAAAGAAGAGAACUGAAUUAACCAAGAAGGGAAGAGAGAUAGAGGAGCUUAAGCAUAAUCUGUCAAGUACUCGGGGAAAACUAAUGUCACGUGAGGAGGAGCUGCAGCGCAUGCAGUCAAACUCUCAGCCUCACAGUCUGCCCCAGACAACUUCUGAUCAGCACCUUUCAAGGCAGAGACAGUUGGAAGAUGAAGUAGCUCAAAAAAAUAAACUUGUUGAGAAUCUGAAGAAGAAGCUUGUGAGUGCUAGCAAUCCAAAUAACAUCUCAUCAUCACUAGCUGAAAGUCUCAUAGAAGAUAAGAAUGCCGAGAUUAAAGAACUGAACGAGAAACUGAGUACUUUGAAGUCCCGAGUAAAUGAGGUGAUUACACUCAUUGCUAAUGGAGGAAGUCUUGAAGAAUGCCAAGCAUUGUUGAAAAAAGUUAUUGAAAGAUAUGAGAAAUACUCUGCCAGAUUAAGUGAUGAUGAGGCUCCUGAAAUUAUGAGAAAAUCAUCGCAUGUACAGCAAUCUGAUUCACCUUCGCUUGCGAUACAUGGCAUCAAGGAGUCUCCUUCAGCUUCCACUGUUUUUAGCAGCAAAACUGAUGAUGGAGGAUCAUUUUCAACUCGCCCAUCAACAGAUAAUUUGACUCUCAUGUCAGUACAACCUGAUAGCCACAUUGAAUUAUCCAAGAUAUCAUCUCGUACUUCAAACAUGACCAAGGUUUCACCUGGGUCUGAAGACCCCAAAGAUGGAGAGUCGUUUUCAUUUGAUGGUGCUGUUCCUGCUGGCAAGGAGGAUAAGCAAAUGAAUGAAGAAGAAAAUGCAGCUCUUCAUUCUUCACCAUUUGAGGAAGAAAUUACUAUUACCAAGGAAGAGUAUGAAAGGCUGUGUUCUGCUAGUGGUGAAGUUACUGUCCUUAGGGCUCAGGUAGAGCUUUUGCAGGAGGAGAUAACCAGCCUGAAUGACUUCCAGACAAGACUGGAAGAAGACUUCAAAGCUGCUCAAGAACUGUUAGAAGCUAGAGAAGAGGAGAUUAUGCAGCUAUCAGAUGAAAUUGAAGACAGUGGGCCUUUACCUUUGCCAUCAGAAACUCUUCAGAUGCAAGACAAAUAUUUCAGGCUGGAGGAACAGGUUUCAGAACUACAAGAAAGGCUAAGGGAAGCAACUGCAAUCAACAGAGAAUAUGAAGAAGAAAUGUUAAAACUUGAUCUCAGAACCAAAGACUUGAGUCAAGAGAUUAAAGAACUCCAAGAAAAUAUCAAUUUACUUAGAAAGGAGAUCAAACAAAAAGAAGAGCUACUUGAUCAGAAGGAAAGAUGUAUGCAAGACAUAAAAAAUAAAAUUGAAAUAAAUGCUGACCAAAAUGAAAAGAAGCAGAAGGAGCUUCGUAAUGAGGUCAAAUUUCUUCAUGAACAACUGGAACGGCUAAAACAGCAGCACAUAGAACAUUUGGCAGCUAUGCAGCUGAAGACUGAGGAAGUUGCUCAGCUCUCAGCCCAGCUGGAUCUGGUGCACUCUGAGAUGCAGGAGAGAUUAUCUCACAGCAACAGAGAUAUGGCACAGCUAGAGCAGCAGUACCAGAAGGAAAUUUCAGAUUUGAAAGAAGAACAGAUACUUCGGGAAAAGCAGCUAUGUAGUGACUAUGAGGAACGAAUGGCAGCUCAAGUGAGUGACUUAUCAGUGAAGCUUAGCAAAGACAAAGAGGAAGCAAUUGCACGACUGCAACAUUUCUACACAUCUGCUUUGCAAGAGUCAAACAAGGAAAAAGAGCAAAUCCAAAAGGAGCUGCAGGAUCAGCUUCAGAGGGGAAAUUUGUGUAACCAGAGCCAACAAAUAUCUCGUCUGUGUGACUUUGAUGGACUGAGUGCUGGAGGAAAUCAGGACCUUGACAAAUUAAACUAUUUGGACAACUCUCUGGUAUCAUAUGUCAAGGAUGGCCAUGCUAGGGCUGAUGCAGAGCAAUCUACAAGAGCAUCUAGUGCUGUCAGUGACAUAAGUGAUGGAGAUGAAUCUUGUGAUGUUGCAAGCAGAGUCCAAAGAGUAAUGAAUAAGGUUCACAAGGAUGGCAUAGAGAUGCUAACGUUGAUAGAUCUAAUGUUCCUGCAAAAACAUCAAACGCAUUUGGAUAGCAGUCAGAAAUCUCUUAUAAGUAGGAGUGGAUUGAUAGCUUCUGGACCAGCAGAUGGUUCCAUUGCUGACUUGCAGGAAAAGUCAUCACAAUAUGACCAUGCUAGAAGUGAAGGCAUUGUGUCCACAGGAGAAAGGACACAGUUACUUCGCCGCAUGGCAGCUUUGGAAGAGGAGCUGAGUAAAAGAGAUCAAGAGAUGACGACAAAGGUUGGCUUGAAAGAAUUUCAAUUGGAACAAGAGAUGAUGUCUGCAAAUGAAUGGAAAUUGUCAUUUGAAGCUGAAAAAAAGAGAACUAAUGAGUUGAUGGACCAAUUAAGGGAGGAGAAGCUAGCUUCAGUAGACCAAGUCUCGGAACUGACAUUUCUGCGCUCACAACUCUUUAUUCUACGCCUCCAGCUUCAGAAAGCUCAAGAGGAAAACAACAGUUUUAGUGAAAAUGUGGACAGCCUUAAAAAGGAGAUAGAGACACUCAAAGAAUCUUUGCAGGCAGAGCGUAAUAAUUUCAGUCAUGUUUCAAAAGUUCUCAGUCAGCAGCGACGGUUGGCAGCAGUGACACGAACUCAACAGGACAAUGUCAUAAAGGAUCUUCGUAAUUCUCUUGAUAAAGAACGCGAGAGAAGUUUGGUCCUUUACUCAAAUGAAAGAUCUGAAAGAACCUGCAUUACACCAAGAGCUAUGGAAUCUGAUAGAAUUCCCUCUGGAAUUAAGGACAGUCGUUCAACUGGAAGACCUACUUCUGAAGAUCUCAAGAUGCAGUUGGCAGUCGAAAAGGAGCGUUUUACAGAAUUACAAAGGUCAUAUGAGAGGGAGCGUCUUAAAGUUGUGACCCAGAAUGAGCAAGCUCAUGCUGAAAGAGCACGUGCCCGAGUUGAUCUAAUGGAAGAACAGGGAAAAUGUGCAGAAUUGACUAAAACUGUCAGGAACUUGGAAAUGGAAAAGGAUGCCCUAAUGAGACAGAUGAGUAGUGAUCGAGAGCGUUUACAAAGUCAAGAAUCACGCAUCCGAGUGUUAGAAGGAGAAAUAAGGAAGCUUGAGGGUGAUUUAAGAGCUCAAGCAGAUGCACACCAAAUUGCAUCUCACAGAGUCCGUGAUGAAGAUACACAGCUUCACAUAUCAUACACACGCACACUAAAUAAAUUAGGAGAGGCAGAAGCUGAGCUCUGUACACUGCGUCACAAGCAGAGAACCUUGACCAAAGAUUUAGAAUUAGCUAGAGAGAAGGAAGAGCAGCUACAGAAAGAACUUGCAACAGAAAAGAUGGCUAUAAAUAGACUUGGACUUCCUGCCUUAGCAAGGAUUAAUAAUCUUGAUGAGUAUUUUGAACUGCAGCUUAAAGAAAAUCUGGAACUUUGUAAGUCUGUAUUACGAUUGACUGACGACCGCCAAUCCAUGAGGCAAAAAAUUCACAGUCUGGAGAAUACUGUAACUGAUCUCACUGGACAGCUUGCUGAAGCAAAAGCUGCUCUCGGUAAUAAUCCUAGAACAGAAAAAAUGCUUAAAAAGGAACGUUCAAUAUGGGAAAGAGAGAGAAUCUCUCUGCAAAAAAUAAUUUCACAGAAAGAAGGUGAAGUAACAAAAUUGCAAGAAGCGUUAUACAGGACCACUCAAAAUGUCAACAAUACUCAGUUACGGGAUGAGAGAAUGCAGCAUAUUUAUGGGAAAUAUAUACAAUCCGAGCACUGGCGCAAGGCAUUAAUUUGGCAAAAGCGAUACCUACUUGUAGUUAUAAAGGGGUACAGAGACACCGAGCAUGACACCUUAUCUCGGCUACAUACCAUGGCAAGUAGAGUUAAUGGACCUGUCAGAAGUGAAGCAGCAGAAGCCGUAUCUAGUUCUAGAAUACACAGAUUCAGGGUUGGAGUUUUAGCAGUAAUUGCAAUCUGUCGGAUGAAGAAUAUGAUUCAAAGGUAUCGGCAGAAGAGACAGCUUGGAUUACAGUUUCUUUUCCCUACUUCUCACGCGGCAUUUACCAUCACAUCUGCUCAAGGAGAGGCUUCCGAAAGCAGCAGGCCGGGAUCAUCUGAUCAAGUUGUAGCUGGAGGAAGCCGAAACUCUAUUACUGGUCUGACUCCUCCUACCAAAGGACCAUCAGAUAUCCCUAAUAUGUUGUGGUCUGCACCUUCCUCCUCCCGCAGGAGCCUGUUCCAUGAGGAAGAAUCCCCCAGAUUAAAUGAGUAUAUUGAAAGGCUCGACAAUAUCCAUUCUGUGCUGGGUUUAAAUUCAAAGAAUAUUUAAAACUGCUUUAGUUUUGUGUAUAAAUUAUCUAAAAAUCUAAAUGAAAAAUAUAUAUACACUUGAAUUUUUUGAAAUACUAGGUGUCUAAAUGGGACAUUAGUGGAGUGGGGACCCUUUUUAUGUCAGUUCUCUUAGAAUCUGUGCCAUUAAGCUACUGUAUAUUAAUUUUAGAUAUACUGUAGCAGUUAAGAAUUGAAACCAAAGUCAUAGAUAUUAAAUGCUGGAUAGGUAGUUAAUUCAUGGCUCUCAUAGAAAGUAAGUUGUUAUUGCCACACUGGAUUCUCUGUGAUUACAUGUUUGUUAUUUUUAAUCAUACAUGUGAUUUAAUUGUAACUUAGGUGUCAGGAUAUUAAUUUGUUUCUAGUUGUCAUCAUCACAUUAUAGCUAAAUGCUUUAUUCAUGAAAUAUAUGACUACUGUACAGUGUAUAUAUAAUGUCUUUAGAGAUGCACCUCAUUUGUAGUUCAAAUUAAAUCUUGGAUAGUCACACCCCGAGUAGAGUUGUCAUGUGUUGAGGGAUUACAGUCGAUGACUACAAUAACUUCUCGGUCAUUGCAUACUCAGUAUUUCUAUUUGAUUCUAUUUAUUUUUUUAAAUUAUAAUGAUCGAAUAGCUGACGUGUAAGUUAUGCCUAUGAUUACUUGUGCUAUUGAAUAACUUAAAGUUCUAUGAUGUGGGAAUUGAUAUUUUCACUAUCUGAUGUACCUUCUGUAUAGACUUUUAAGAAUGAUAUGGAUUAAAGUAUGAUUCGGGGGUAAGAUUUUUCACAUGAACUUGGCAUUACCUUAUAUAAGCAAUAAGAAUAGUAAGGAAAGCUGCUACAGUAGCUACCAAUUUUUCUGCUCUACUCUGAAAUCAAGUUAGAUGACGCUAGUUCUGCGUUCUUCAUUUUUAAGAAUGAUUAUCUAAAAAUAAAUAUGUAACCUCUGCAGUUUGAGAUUGAAAAUCCGUGGUUAAAUAAUAUAUGUCAGCUUAAGUAUAAUUUACAGUACAGACUUUAUAGACCAUUUUCUGGCUUUCUGACAUACAUUGUUAUAAAUAUAAUGGGAGCAUAAUAAAAGACAAUGUAUUAUUCAAGGUUGAAUUGUUCCCCAAAUUUUCUCUGAAGGAGGACUGACUUUUAUGCAUGUGUUGCCAAGGUUGUUUUUAUGUCUAAAAGAAACAUAUCUUUUAAUUCUAGAGAAACCAGUGAAUGUGCCUGGUUCAUUGCAUGAACAUGUCAAAUUUUAUAGAGCUUCCAUUUAUAUAUUUUAGAGAUGCAAAGCUUUCUUUUUAUGGCGGAGCUUCCUUUUUUGUUAUGAAAUAUCAGAUUUUAUCUGUACAGUGUGCGCAUCACUAGUCUUCGGUAUUUAAGGAUUACUUUUUUAUAUACUACAUUAUGUAUUCCAUGUAACCCAGAUCAUGUUAAGCCUACACAAAGGCCAUUUUUAUAAUCCUGUUUAUUUAAAAAUCCUACAAAUAAAAUUUUAUGGAUAUAC